GGUAGCUGCAAGUCUCAUUACUAAGAACGUCCCCCCGGACGACUCCAUGGGCGACCGCAUUAUUAACCUGCCUCAAGGUUCAAGAGCUACGGACAUCCCCUCCUUGCCGGACUUUGCGGAGUUUAUAAAUACGUGUCGAAUAUAUCUCAUCUGGGAAUGUUCCAUAUUGUUAUAGGCUAUUAGAUUACAUAUAAAUGACCAAGUUCACGGCUCAUCUAGUGUAUCUUGGGCAAGUAUUAUAUAAAGAUAGGUUGAUAACUAUUGUUUCUUCAUUUAUAAAUCAAAGUAGCUAUAAUGGACUCGUCUGGAUUGUUCCGGGUGGAUGGCCUAGUGGCAGCCAUCACUGGCGGUGGAAGCGGCAUCGGACUUAUCAUGGCCAAGGCGUUGGCGGGGGCUGGAGCGAGGAAAGUCUAUAUACUAGGACGACGACGGGAGGUUCUUGAAACUGCUGCAGAGGCGCACCCCAACAUCAUUCCCGUGCAAUGCGAUAUCUCGACCAAGGAAUCCCUCCAGUCUGCGGUCGAUUUUAUAACAAAAGAUGUCGGCUAUGUAAACCUAUUCAUUGCUAACUCCGGCAUCAUCGGCCCACCGGCAUCCUGGACCAAGGGAGCGUCCAUCUCAGAGCUCCGGAAGACUCUAUUCGAAGAUACUUCUAUGGAAGAGUUUACUAACGCUUUCCACGUCAACGUCACUGGUACACUGUUCUCCAUAUUUGCAUUCCUUGAGCUCUUAGACGCGGGUAACAAACGUGCCUUGGAAGGCGGAUUCGGAGCUCCGACGAAACAAGGCAGCGAUGUUCCCUCAAUCCAGAGCCAAGUGAUUAUCACCAGCAGUAUUUCAGGAUUUAGUCGAAUGUACUUUUCGGCGCUUGCUUAUUCAGGAAGCAAAUCAUCACUCAUUCAUCUUACCAAGCACGCUAGCACCGGGCUCAACGUCCAUGGGAUUAGAGUAAAUGCACUGGCUCCAGGGCUAUUCCCUUCCGAGCUAGCGUCAGGUUUGAUUGGAUCACGCGAUCCUGCUACAGAGACGGCCGACGAUCCUAAGUUCAUCCCUGCUAGAAAGUUCGGAGGCGAUGACGAAAUGGCUGGUGCUGUCCUCUAUCUUGCCAGCAAGGCAGGUUCUUUCUGUAACGGGUUUAUUCUCGUCAACGAUGGAGGAAAGCUAUCGACGAUGCCAUCCGAUUAUUGAUUGCUCCUGUGACUAGAAUUUGUUUGUCUAGCGUUUGACAGUCUUCACCUUCACUCAACAGAGCUAACCGGCGUGUCGAUGGAUCCAUUGUAGAAGGCAAUCGUCGGCUCGUAUUACGGCGCGGAAUCUAGAUAGAAGGGACCGUACACAGAGCUAAAAGCUAGAUAUGGCUUCUUGUAGUAGACAUAGAGUUAC